CUUCAGCAAGGCCCGUGUACCGUUAUGGUGGCCACGACACCCGAUGGAAACGUCAUGGCACUGCCGCCUCUGCCAAGGGAACACUGUGGCACAAGUCUCGCGUACGCGGGCCGGGGAGCACCACUGCCAGGACGGUCUGCACGCCGCCUGACGCAAGAAUCAAGGCCAGCCCUCGAGACCGUGCGCAUCGUCGGUCGUAUCAAGCUUCAAGACCCACUCCAGAGGGAAGGCGAUCGAGGAACCCAACGAACAGUAUCUAACACCUGAGUGGCGAAGUGUUACGAAGUGUGAAUCUUGCUUCAAGUGAAUACAAUAAAUAAGGAAAAACAACAACUGCAGCAGUGUAGAAAUCUGAAGACUGCUGGUGACGUCUCUCUCUCUCUCUCUCUCUCUCUCUCUCUCUCUCUCUCUCUCUCUCUCUCUCUUACCUGUCCUUCGAGUGUUAAAAAUAGAUAAGUGGGUCACCGCAUCUCUCACCAGCUCGAGGAACAUCAUUGCGAUCACUGUUGAAAGUGAGUUUGUGAUCCCGUUGGAAACAACAUCAGAAGUUGCAUGUGCGGUAAACCUGAAGGACUGAAAAAUAAUCUGUGACUUAUUUUAAGCGAACGAGCGAGCGAGCGAGCUUCAGGAACAGUUAUCGACGUAAAGGAAAAAGUCGCCCGCCCGCCACUUUCCCUCGACGAAGAGCUCCUCGCAUCCCCCCCCCCCCACCCACCCACCGCCACUUCGAGAUGCCGGCGACUCUCUCCGUCUUCGGCUCCCUGGUGAAGAGUCUUCGCAAGGUGGCCGACAGAUACCCCGUGACGCGAGGGAUGAUCACCUACACGUUGCUGUGGCCGUCGGGGAACCUCCUGCAGCAGGCCCUGGACGACUCGCGGGAAUGGUGGGACCUGCGGGAGGCGGCGCGCUACGGCCUCUACGGGGGCCUGGUGACGGCGCCGCUGCUGUACCACUGGCUGCAGCUGCUGGCCCGCCUCGUGCCCGGCGCCUCCUUCUCCCAGGCCCUCGCGAAGGGCUUCGUUGACCAGCUGGUGUUCGCGCCCGUCAACAUUUCGCAGUUCUUCGUGGGCAUGUCGCUGCUGGAGGGCCGCCAGCUGGAGGAGGCGCUGGACGAGUGGGGCAGAAAGUUUCCGUCCACCUGGAUGAUCAGCCUGUCGGUGUGGCCGCUGGUGCAGUGCCUCAACUUCAGCCUCGUGCCGGCCAAGAACAGGGUGAUGUUCGUCUCGUGCGGCUCUUUCCUGUGGAUGGCUUUCCUCUCCUACAUGCAGCACACCGACGCGGACGACCUGCCCGAGGGCCUGUCCAUACGCCGCGUGCACUACGACUACCACGACGGCCCCGGGGAUAUGUUCGGUCACAGGCCAGCCUCGUCCCUCUCCCCAGCCUUUUCCAGUCAAAUAUCUGCUUCAUGCCGGACUUGAGCGCUGCCUCCCAAAGCAUGAAAAGGAAACUCCCCCACUAGCUCCCUCUAGAACCAGAGGGCGAACUGAAAGUAAUGUUUUAUCGGCAUUAUUAAUUUUAGAUUGUUUAUAUAUCUUUAAGUGGUCCAAGAUGGGUUUUAUUAGAGGGUGGCGGCACCGCUGCUUCUCACACUCGAAAACUACCUCACUUGGCCCUUCUAAAUCCAGAGUUUCUGUACUAUUUUUAUAUUUGAGCUUUUUUUCGAGUACUCCAAAAUGAUACUGGGAGCGGGUCGCGUUGUUGGUUGUCACAUCGUCCCACGUUGAGCUCUACAGGCGUGGCCUUUCUAUGUGAUAUAUAUACUGCUCAUGGUGUAUGUGUAUUAAAUGUUAGAUCACCUCCAGUAGGUCGUUACGCCACAUCCUGACACCGUCGAGGUCACGCCCUAACCCCACCGGACAAAUUCCCACAGGAGAGAAGAAAGUGUAGUACAAAUCCCUUAAUUAGAGCCCCCUCACCCUCAUCCCAGGAGGUAGACUGCAAGGUAGUGGUCAGGUCGACUUGUGGUCAAGGUGCGGCUGCCAGGUGUUAAAGCCGGGAUUAACUCUGACCUACAUUCGUGUACUUGCUUGGAGAGAGAGACAUGCAUACGCACAUAUUUCUACUUAGAGCCCAUUUUCCGGUAUCAGUCUUUCAUACCAUUCAGUGCCGUCAUAGAUAAUAUAAAGAGUACCUGGCAGACUGGGAAACAACUGAUAGAACAUGUCCCCAAACCAAUAGGAGGCUGUUCAUCACAUACUGUGGUAAAAGUAAUAAAUAUAUGAAACGUUUGCAUUAAAACUGGAAGUUUGAGGCACAAGACAAACGAAUGAAAAUGUUUGUUACAGGCCUGGGGGUAGUAAAUUAAUUAAAAGGAAUUUCGUUUAACAUGAAAAUGAAAAAGAUAAUAUUUUAUUUUUAUCUAGCUACCAGAAAUACUUUCUUAAAUGAGUGGUGAAAAUAUCUGUGGUGGAAUAUAACUCUCUCUCUCUCUCUCUCUCUCUCUCUCUCUCUCUCUCUCUCUCUCUCUCUCUCUCUCUCUAUAUAUAUAUAUAUAUAUAUAUAUAUAUAUACACACACACACACACACACACACA